AAAAUUACGAAGAAGAAAAGAAAUUAAACAAAACAUAAAAAUUCAAUCCUCACGUAAGUUAAUAGGUGCUAUAUUAUUAAGACAGUGAUAAAAAACAAUGACAUUAAGUGAUCAAAAUCUAUGAAAAAUGAAAAACAUUGAGCAAAUGCUCAUAUUUUUAGAAAAAUACUUGCAGUCAAAAAGUAUAUCUUGGCUAGAACUCUUCAUUUUCGAAUAUAACAAAAAUAAGAAGGAUGGACAAAAUCUGAUGCCAAUUAUUCAAGGAAGUGACAAGUUUUUAGCUUUAUCAUUCCAAAUGUCGUACCAUUUAUUAAAAUUGUUGUUUUCAACAAUAUGCAAUUUGAUGACAUCAAAUGACUGUCAACGUGAUAAGAAUGCAGUUUUGAACCUUCGUAAUUUCCUAACGUGUGGCCUCGGUAGUCAAAUUAUCACCAUACUUAGUGCUGACCUAGAUUUGUCGAAUGUGACGAAUGAACAUGAAUUGGUCAAUGUUCUGGCAAAGAUCUUUCCUAAUGAAAGGUGGGAUGAGUCGUCAGAUGUACAAUAUUUGAAUCCUCUUUCAAGAGAUGAAGUAAAGCAGAUUUAUAAACAAUUGUGGCUGUUAAAUCCUUCAAGGAUAAAUGAGAAUUUGAGACCAAAGACAAUCGUGAAAUUCUUUAGUAAUAAUGAAUCAACAUAUGAAUGCAACAUCCCAGAUGACAUUGAAGAUUAUUUAUCAUCAGAAUUUAAGGAUAAAGAAAUGCCUAUAAUAUCAUCAAGUCAACUUGCUCAACAUAUCAUCAAAAUCUUCCAAAAACUCGUCAUUAUUGACAACACAAACACUUUGAAACAAACUGAUAAAAAUUCCGUAACAAUGAGAUGCCUUCAAUUCAGCUUAGACACUUUGAAUCAUCUUCAUGAGCAGAAAGUUUUCAACGAUGUCGAUCAAAAUGUGAUAAAAUUAAAUUUACUCAAACUGACAAUGAUGUGCUUAAAUAAUUUAAUAAAUCGUGAUGGAAAAUCAAUCGAGCCGAUUUUCAAGAAACUUUUCUCGCUUUUGGAGCUCAGUGACAGCAACGAACUUUCUUGUGGAUUCAUUCUAAGCAUCAUGACAAUUCUCAACAAUUUAUGUGUUACAAAAUCAAUUCAAAAAACGGAAAAUUUAAACUUGUUCGUGUUGUGUAAUCAUUUGAUUACUAAGCGAAUAGAAUUGAUGAGUCAUGACAAGGAAUUACUUGAUACAAUUCAAAUAUUUCUUAUCAGAAUUGUUAGCAAUGUGAGAGCUGCUCAUCAAGCAAGAUUUGGUGAAAAUAAAACGAGAAAGAAGCCGACGAUAAAGCAUUGCCAUCAUGAUUUACUUGCUGAUGCUUGCAUGUUUGAGAAACUUUUGCUUGAAACAUUUCCGCUUAUCAAAAGUUUUAAAAAUUUUAAUAAAAUUUUAAAAUUAUUGCGCAAAAAAGGAAUUUGUUGCUGCAAUGCGACAAUUGACACAAUAAAAAUGUUCAUGCAACCCAGUCUGAUACCAAUGCAAUAUCUGAGCUUCAUUGAAUGGAAGAUCAUCGAGCCAAUGUUUAAUGAAGAUCAAAUUUGUGUUUUCUGUAAUGAGAAAAAGAAUAUUCAAUACUUCAAAGACGAAUAUUUUAGUCUGCUAAGAAAAGAAAUCUCACGACGUGAAGGUUGGGAACUUCAUUCGUUACUUCAUCACUUGGUGAAUAUUCAAAAGAAAAUGAACAAAGAUUUCCUUCAAAAGUUCAUUUUUAAUGUCAUUGUGCCGACAUUCGAAGAAGAGAAGAGAAAAUAUUUGAGAAAUCCUGAUGAACAAUUUGAAUCGAAAGUUAUUAUUGGAUCAUGUUUGAGAAUCAUUAAUGAAGGAGUGAAGGAAGAGAAAAUUUUAAUGCAGUUCUUCAAUGCUGAUGUGAUUCAUCAUCUUAAGGAAUGCACACUGAUCCCAGUUUUAUCUGGAACUGCUUGUCAAUUACUAAAGAUUGCCUUUGAAAACAUCAAAUUUCUCGGCGUAAAUGAAGGUCAUCGUGAAAAAAUAUCACAAUCAAUUAACAAUAUUUUCUUCUCGAAUGUUUUAUAUUUAAUUCGUGAAAUGAUGGACAUUUAUGGACGAAUAGAUUUACCAAAAGAUAUUCCAUUAAGCGACAGCAUCACUGAAUCUGACAAAACUUCCGAUAAAAGUGCCAACGAUGCUGCAGAUUUUGAGAUUCUCGACGAACGAACAGUGGCGAUUAAGGAACCACUCACCAACUUGGAUGUUCUUUUAUUAAACACAAUUCAUUGGAAUAUUCUUUGUGAUUUAAUGUCGAAAGAUUCAUCAUUUCAACGGGAAUUUAUUGCUAAUAUUUAUAAUAAUUUCAACGGAAAUAUUCUCUUCACAAUCGCUUACAAUGCUUUGAACUCAAUUUUAUUAAAAAAAGAAUUGAAGAAAUUAAUAUUCGCGCCCGAGCCGAAAACGAUCAACGAAGAAGAACUUCAUGUGUUGUUUAAACGUUGUAACUCAUUAAUUCCAGUCAUGGUGCAAUGCUACGAUGUGAAUUAUCAACAUGUGAUCGAACGAAGUUAUCAGCUUCAUGAGAUAAGCGAAAGUUUCUUAGAGAAGAUGAAGAGAAGAGCACGAGAUGAUGAUAAUCAUUGCCUAAUCUUCCGCCGUCGUUGUGGUUCAGAUAACGACUUUAAAUUCCGUGUUUAUGUACACAAAGAUGUCUUCCUAACUGAUAAUGUGAUUGAAAACUCUUUGAAACAUGAACAAAUUAGCGUCGUCGAUGAUCAUUUCAACAACUUCUAUCACAGUUGGUUGAACACACGUUGGACGGAAAUAUUUCAUAGAAAAGCAAUUCGUUCUCGCUUUCUUGAUAUUUUAAAUAAAUUUGUGAAAAGUGAAGAAGAAAAGGAAUUGGAAGCAAUUUAUCGAAAGAAUAUUAUCGAGGAAAUUACUGGAAAAUGUGGAAUUAAAUAUCUUUCGUCGAUUGCUAGAAAUUGUUUCGAUAUUUGUUGGCGAUUAUCUGACAACAUCAGUUUCAGUGCAAAAAUGUCAACAGCAUUGGAAGAGUUGAAGUUGCUGCUGCUUCAAGACAGUUGGGAUGUGAAUAAAGAAGCGAUGAUUGACACAUUGCAGUUGCUUUUGGGUGUCGCUGAAAUGAAAAUGACGAGAAGUGUUAGUCGAAUGAUGUUAAUGGAUCCGGAAAAUCAUCUUAAUUGCUCGACAGAAUCAAUGUUCAGUGACUCUUCUCUUGAUCGAAUUACAUUUGAUGAGAAAAGUAAUGACGAUGACGAGAGUUAUUCGAGUGAUAAGAAAACUGAAACUUUCUACACAGCUGAUGAGAAUUACGACGCUGAUGAAGAAGUUCAAUCAACUGUUGACACUGAAUGCUCGCAAUUUAAUCGCUCAACAUCAUCACCAGCACCGUCAAAAUUUCGUAACACGAAUGAACAUAUUUGCAAGUUGGUCGUGGAGAUUCUCAUGGAAUUGUCAAGACGAUGUGUUGAGAAACCAAGUCAAUGGGAUCCAAAUGUGUUGACGUCACUCGCUCAAAGAUUGUCAUGCAUGAAAACUUAUCUUGGUGGAUCGGAAAUCUUGUUGAAAGGAUUUUCAGGAAUUCUUUUAUCAAGAAAUGAAAGUUUAUCAGAUUUACAGAAAACAAUUUUGAACCUCGUCGAAGAUCUCAACGCGCCAGAAGCAUUCAAAACAUUCUUGUCAAUUCUCACUGAGAAUGAAGCAUGUGUUGAGUUAAUUGUGAGUCGAUUAGUUUCAAUUUGCAACAAGGAAAAGUCGCCGCAACCUUUCAUCAAAGUAAGCUUUCCAACAUUUAAUAGGGAAGUGAAAAUUUCUUCAACAUGUGAUGAUCACAUUCGUGAACUGAUUCAAAAGUUUCGUGAUGCUCAUGUCAUUAAUAAUCUUCUUACGCCAUUCACUGAAUCGUCACAAAUUAUUCCACUGAAUUUUCUCGAUUUUAAUCCUUGGAGCUUUCAAGGCUUCACGAUUUCUAUUUGGAUGAUGAUGGAAACGUUAGACGGUGACAAAGUUUCGAGUCAUUUAUUCUCGAUUGGAACAGAGAAGCUAAUGCUGUCAGUUUAUUUAAAUGCCGAUGGAAGUUUCAAUCUUAACGUCACGAAACCAAAUCAAAAGUUUAGCGACGUUAAAGUCGUCAACAGAGGAUCGAACAAGGAAAACAUCAACAAAACAAAUCUUUUCGGUAUUGGAUUGGCGACUUUAAAGUCACCUGAAAACCAUCCAAACAUAAGAACACGCGGACAUAAGAGAAAUGGAUUCAAGAAAGCAACAACAGAUGAAGGUGAAAGUUCAAGACGAUUACAAACAUUAAAAGUGUCAAUGAAGUCGAAGAAAAUGAAAUUAAAAAGUGAUCAAUGGACGCACAUUUGCUUCUCUAUUCGAACAACCCAAACAAAUAUUAUGUUGUUGAUAACGAUGAAUGGAACUGAACAAGAUCUAGUCGAGAUUCCAAUUGAUGGAAUGUGUGAAUUGGAACUUAGUGGAAUGCUUGAGUUACUCUGCAUUGGUGCACAAAAGUCGACAAUUGAUGAAGAAAGUUCAUUAAAAUAUUCAUUGUCGAAUGUCAUUCUGUUUCGUUCACUUCUCGACUCACCAAGUCAGACUUCACAUCUGUUCUCAUUGGGACCAGCUUGUGAAAAUUUAAUCGACUGUGAAGCUGUUCAAAUGUUACCUUUAAUGGGCUUCUUGGACAUGACAAAAGUCGCGAAUAAAUCUGUGAAGAAGAUUGAAAGAAAUCAAUCGUUGAUUAAGUUGAAGAUGAACGUUUUAAUGAUUUAUUCAGCGGGAAAGACAACAACACCGCUAAGCUAUAAAAAUCAUGAACAUGGCAAGCCAAUUGACAUUUUUAAUGUUGGGGAAAUUCCAAAACCAUUUUCGAUUCCGUCAUUAGCUCGAUCAAUUCAUUUAUCUGGCGGCUUAUCAAGUUUAUUGUUUCUCUUCGCAAGAACUGUUGAGAUGACUGAUGAUCCAGUGACACAAUCAUCAGCACUUUACGUCUUCCUUAAAAUGUCUUACAGUUGUAAUAAUUUAUACGUCGAAUUUGAGCAAAGAAAACUUUUCAAUCUUGUCGCUCAUGUCUUCAAGCACAGUAAUUGCAACAAAGGCGGUGGAAUGUUGAAAGCAAUUCUCGAUGUUAUUUAUGGCGGCACAAUGUUUUAUAAGAAUCUCAACAGUGAAGAUUAUCGGAUUAAUGAGAAGUCAGUGUUGAACAUUCAAAACCCAAAAUUGCUUUUGAAGUUGUUGGAGAACUUCAGCAUCUUUCAGACAAUGGAGAAGAGUGAGGUGAAUGUUCUUGAUUUGUUAUUUCAAAGUUUGAUGGUUGUUGUUCGUGAUAAUCAUCCACAUAAAUACCUCAAUCGGCAAUAUCUACUUGAACAUGAUUUUUACAUGAAAAUCAUUCAAUUUUGUAAGAUUCAUCUGACCAUACCAGCAAAUACAAUUCCAAUAACACCCGAAACAGCUUUGAUCAUUGUGCGUCUUCUCAAAAUGCUUUCAAAGACGCCAACAUCGUUUCGAUGUAUGAAAGAAAUUCAAAAACUUUUGCUUUUAAUGCAUCACCCAAGUGAGAGUUUCGUGACACAUGAUCGAACAAAAUUUCAUUUCAUUUUACCAGGAAGCAAACCACAAAAGCAGAAUAAAUUAAAUACUUCAAGUGGAUCGAAAUACUUCAAUUUUAGUAUAAAAAUUCGUUCAACAAAUGCUACGACGUCGAUUUCCAAGUCACCAACAACGCCAACUUCAUCUUUUCAUUACGAAUGGAGAGACAAAAGAACUUCAUCGACAAAUCGGAAGAUUAAAACAAGAAAAUUUGAUGAAUUGACAGAAAGUGAAUGUGAAAAUGUCACGAAAGCUUUGAUUGAUCAGAAGAUGAAGAGAGAUGUGAAGACGCCGACGAUAAAGCAGCGACGACAUGUUAGAAGAUUGAAUUACACGCCGAAGAAAAGUCCUUUCAAGAAACUUCCACAAACAACGAUGAAUCAGAAAAAGAAUAAAAUGGAAAGUUGUGAUGAUGAUCAAGCACUCACGGACGCAAUCAGAUCAAUGAUGACAGCUGAAAGCACAACUUCACUUCUCUCAGACGCCAGCGAUGUUAAUCGAUAUGAGAAAGGCGUUCGAAUUUUACAAGAAAAUCUUUUCAUGAUGCUUCGCGAUUCGGUGAUUCUUCUUGAAGAUUCCCGAGCUGUGAUGGAACUUUCGGAAUGUCUUCAAAUUGAAAUGUUGAUAAUGUUUGCCAAUCAUCAUGAUGCAAAUGUUCGUGCUGCAAUUAUUGAGUUGAUAAUUGCAAUGAUGAGACGUGAAACAUCGGAAAAUAUUUUAAGAUAUGAGAAAGGAAAUUAUUGGAUUCAUCUUGGUAACCAAUUGACAAUUUCACGUGUCAACAUGAGAAUGGUUCAAGCUUGCGUUGAUUGGAUUUGUUCAAAGAAAGUAUCCAUUCAAGAUUUAUCGCGAAGUCAAGCAAUUGAAAUUCAUUACAAGCCAAUUUUCAAUGUUUUGUUUAUGAUGAUUCCGUCGAUGAUUCAUGACGCUCAAUUGAUGAAUUAUUUAAUUAAAUUCCUUCGAUUAAUUCUUGAGACUCAAUCUGAGUGCUUCAACACGACAAUGUUUUAUUGUUUGAUAUCGUCGUCAUUGAAAGCGUUAAAUAAAUUGGAUCAAAGUCAUUAUCGAGUGAAGGAAUCGCUGCUAUUGCUGUUUGAACAAAUUGCUUCAAAAUCGCUGACAUCAACCGGAUCGAUUCAAACUUUGUGGGAUUUAUUGUAUGGAUUUUCAUAUUUAGAACGUAACAAGAAGCAUGAAGUCGUUCGUGAAGUUCACGUCACAAUCCUGCGCCAACUUUUGUCGCUUUGCCUUGUUGAACAAAAUCGGCGUGGAAGUCGAAGCAUUAACGACACGACAACUCAACAAUCGAUGUUUGUUGUGACACAAACACUUGGAAAUCUUCCAUCAUCUGAAAUCAAAACGAGAUUUUUAUUAAUUCACGAUCGUGCUGUUCAAUUUGUGUGCAGUUGGAAUUUAAAUGAAGAAAAACUUUCAAUCAUUGAACUUGAUUUUGUGAAAUAUUUAAUUCAAUUAAAUUUAUGUGGCUUUCAACAUGGAUCAUCGAUGUUGCUUUGGGGAUUAAGUUCAUCAAAUGACGAAGAAGUUCAGAGCUUUAUAAUUCAGAAACUUUCAUCGAUUCUUUCUUACGAUGGAAAUUUCUCAUUGCCGGGUAACGAAACGAAACUCGUCAAAGCACUUUUAGUUCAACAUUUAAAUAAAUAUGAAAAUUCAUUAGACGAAAGAAAUUUCCAAUCAAUUAUCAAGUUUUGUGGUGGAACAAUCAAUCAACAGCAGCAAAGUUGGAAUUGGAGUUUAUCAGCUGAAGAGAAAAUUGAAUUAAUUCGUCAAACAUCGGAAAAGAAUCAAAACGAGAAAAUUGAGAAAAUUGUUUACAAACUUGAGACUUUAGUUCAGAGUUGUAUCGAUGGUGCAAUGAAAAUGACGAGAUAUGUCAUCGAUAUCCAAAAUAGUGAGCGUCGUGAGUUGAUGAAUGAGCUGAAGACGACACAAGAAAUUGAUUUUUAUCGUGAGUGGUUUGAGUUGAUUCAGAGAAUGAUUCAUGAAGAUGCUCCGUGGUUUAAUGCGAGUUUGUAUCCAUCAACAUGGGAAUUGGAUGAAACGGAAGGUCCAGGACGGUCGAGAAUUCGAUUUAAAAGAAAUGCUUUGAAGAUUGAAGAAAGAUUCUUCACCAGUGGCUUCAAACAUAAAGCAAGCUAUCAACAUGUGAAGCCACUUCUCGACUUCAUCAUUCGUCCUAAAGAAGUUGAAAAAUAUUCAAUUCGUGAUCGAAUCGUCUUCACAUUUAAUGGAAAACAUUUAACAAUGGAACAAGAAAUUAGAGGUGAAAUUAUCAUCACAGACAAUCAAUUAAUCUUCCUUGCGAAUCUCGACAUUUACAUUAAUUCAAUUAUUUGUGACAUUAAAAACAUCAGCGAAGUUUGGAAUCGACGAUAUCAACACAAAGAAGUCGCUUUGGAAAUUUUCCUUACAUCGAAAAAAACUUUUUUCAUCAUUUUCGAAACGAAUUACGAGCGUGACAUCGUCAAGAAGUUUGUGAGCGACAAGAUUGAUCAAAAAAUUAAUGAAAAGCCUGACGACAUCGCUCAAAAAUGGAUUGAGAAUCGAAUUACAAACUACGAAUAUUUGAUUGAGUUGAAUAAAAUUGCUGGUCGUAGUUACAAUGAUCUGAUGCAGUAUCCGGUCUUUCCAUGGAUCAUUGCUGACUAUGAGAGUGAAGUUUUGAACUUAAAAUCGUCGAAUUCAUUCCGAAAGUUGAACAAAACAAUUUCGACACAACAUGAAGAGAUGGAAGAACAUUAUGUGACGACAUAUCAAUAUCUUGCUGAACAAUCGCUUAAUGAUCGACAAUCACUAAUGAAGCCAUAUCAUUACAGUUCACAUUAUUCGAAUUCUGGAACGAUUCUCCAUUUCCUUGUCCGACUUCCGCCAUUCACAAACAUGUUUCUGUUGUAUCAAGAUCACAACUUUGAUAUUCCCGAUCGAACUUUUCAUUCAUUAGCGACAACAUAUCGACUAACAAGUAAAGAAUCAGCAACAGAUGUCAAGGAACUUAUUCCCGAGUUCUUUUAUCUCUUUGAUUUCUUUGAGAAUUCUGAAGGUUUUAAUUUUGGUAAACGGCAAUCGGGCGAUGUUGUGGAUGAUGUUAAACUUCCAUCGUGGUGUGAAGGCUCGGCAAGGCUUUUUAUGCUCAUAAAUCGACAAGCACUUGAAUGUGAUUACGUUAGAAAGCAAUUGCAUCAAUGGAUCGAUUUAAUAUUUGGCUUUAAACAGAAAGGAAGUGCAGCUGUUUAUGCUGUUAAUGUUUUCCAUCCAGCGACUUAUCCUGAAUUUCAAAUAACAAACAUCAAUGAUCCAGUUGAGAGAACAGCUUGCGAGACAAUGGUUAGAACUUAUGGGCAAAUGCCAAAACAAAUCUUCACUACAGUUCAUAAGAAGCCGAUUGUCAGCAGUUACAGUCUUCCAGACUCUCGUGUUGUACUAAGCCAAGUUGUUGGAUUACGAUGGGGAUGUUUCACUGGUUCACCUCAACUUCCUAAACCUAAGCGAAUUGAAGCUGUGAAAUGCAAUUCAAAGAUUGUAAGACUGGUGUCAGUUGAAGGUUCGAAUUUAUUUUACGGUCUUCCCGAUCGAUGUCAUCUCAUGCAAGCUCCACAUUUCGCUUAUCACGAUUUGGUACUUUGGAGUGAAAGUGAUGGUGUUGUGAGAAUGAAAAGAUUAGACGAUUCUAGUAUGAAAAGUGGUAAACUCUUUCAUAAUCCAUCGCAUGAUCCGAUAACUGCUUGUGGUUCGCAUGUUAAAUACACGAACCUUUGGUUUGGUCACCAAUCGGGUAACAUAAGCGUCUACAUUCGAAAUGAUGAGAAGAUUACCAAGGAAAGAAAACGACAUACGAGAAGUUUUAAUGAUGCUCUUGAAGCCAUUAUAGGAAUUAAGGAAAUUAAUGUUAACAACACUCUUGAAGAUAAUGAAGUUGAAAUUGAAUCUUGGUGGAAUUAUCCAAUUUAUCUCGUCAAACAUCGGAGUGAAGUUUUAGACAUAAAAGUAUGUGUUAACUUCAAAAUUGUUGUUAGUAUUUGUAUGGAUGGAACAACAGUCAUUUGGGACAGUCAAAAGAUUGAAUACAUUCGAACUAUUGAGUCAUCAUGCAACACUCUGAGAUCGCAAUUAUCACUUGUUGAAAUAAGUUCAACACUUGGAGAUAUUUUAACAAUUUUCACACCGAAAUCUGUCACUGAAAUAACUUCUGAUGAAGAGAAUGUUGAAGUUGUUGAGAAUUUUGGUGGAGAUGAAUUCGUAAAUGUUUCAAUGGCGAUAGAGGGAAAAUCACAGCUUCGAUUACAUUCAAUCAAUGCGAAAUACAUAAGUCAUAAGUUUUCUGAUGGAUUCGCCACUGCUGUGUGUUUCAGUUUCAUUAAAGAAGGAACUGGUGUGAAUGUUAUUGCUGUGGGAUUUGAAGAUAGUGUCAUUCGACUUUAUUCAACGUGGACUCUCGAAAUGAUUCGUGAAAUAGCGACAGGAAGGAAUUCCAGAAUAACUGACGUUGUCUACACCUCUAAUCAUCAUUUAGCCUUUCUCUCCGAUCAUGAAAUUGAAGUUUGGGAAUCAGAUGGCCUCACAGGAGAUCCACCAAAGUUCAAUAGUAUCGUCCUUUAUUAAAUUUAUAGAAUAUCGUUUUAAAAUUGUGUAAAUAAAAAAUGAAUAAAUUUGUAACGGAUAAUUUGAAAAAGAAGCAAAAGAAAGAA